GUCUCGCUUUCAGCAAGGACCUCACAGGCAGCUACCCAAUCUCUCUUGGUAGCAAAUUGCCAAGCCAGGCCCGUUUCCUCAAAAGAUGGUAGAGGACUUAGCAGCUUCCUAUGUUGCUCUGAAAUUGGAGAAUGAAGUUCUGCAGGCUCAAGUGAAGAGGCUUAUGGAAGAAAAUGCUGCCCUCCAGGCCCAGAUACCAGAGCUCCAGAAAUCCGGAGCAGCCAAAGAGGAUGAACCACUCCGAAAGUCCUCAGAGGCCCAAGAGCCCCCAGAGUCCCCAGAGCUACUGGGACCUCCAGCAGCCAGGUCCUCACAAAAGCCCUGGGAACCCCCAGCGACCACAGAGUCCGGGGGAACUCCAGAGAUCAAGCAGCCCAGGGGACCCUCAGCCAUUAGAGAGCCCAGAGAGUCCUCAGCCAUCAGAGAGUUCAUGGGACACCCAGAGAUCAAGGAGUCCCAGAAGUCCCCAGAGACCAAGGAGUCUGGGGGACCCUCAGCCAUCACAGAGUUCAGGGGAUCCCCAGAGGUCAAGGAGCCCCAUUUAUCCCCAAAGUUCAAGGAGUAUUGGGAACCCCAGGAGCCUCCAGAGGUCAAGGAGUACUGGGACCCUCCAGAGCCCCCAGACUCCACACUCUCUGCCUGGAAGUCUCCAGCAGCCAAGGAACCCCAGGAGACCCAGAAGGCUCUGGAGUCCCCAGCAACCCAGAAGCCCCAGGCAUCCCCAAGGGGUUAUGAUUUCCCAGCAGUCUGGGAGACAGGGCCCACAGACAUCCAGGGUACCCCAGCCAUCAAGGAGCUCCAGAAUUCACAGCUCCACAACCCUACAAAUGAUGAGGAGUCUCAGAAGGUUCCAGAAUACCAGGAGACCUCGUCACAGCUGGAGCCCCUUGAGCAUCCAACUACCCGGGAGUCUCUGGAGCCUCGGGUGCCCCAGGAGCCCCUGGACCCCUCAGAUGCCGAGGAGUUCCUAGAACUCUCAGUACCUGAGGAGUCCCUAGAGGGCCUCAUAGUUGUGGGAACAGGAACAGCUUCUGCAGUUCCACAGGCCCACAGCAGAUUAGAGGCGGCAGCUUUGCCCCUAGAGUACCCUCUGCCCUUCCAUGGGGAUUCUCAGAAACUCGCUGAGUUUUUAAUUCAGUUGAACAGUUACCUGAGAACCAGAGGGCACCUGUAUCUCACUGAAGCAGCUCUGGUAAGCUUUAUUGGCAGCUUCAUAGGUGAGGCAGGAAGGUCGUUCCAGCCCUUAGCAGAUAUCCAAAACCCCCUGCUGGAACAAUUUGGAAGGUUCAUUCGAGGGCUCCAAGAUGUCUUUGACAACCCAGAAAGUAUGGAAGUAGCUAACCAAGGCCUUCUCCAGCUGCGCCAAGAGGAAGGCCUUGUCCACAGAUCUGCAACCCGCUUCCAUCUCAUUGCUCAAGAGCUAAAUUUGGAUGAAAGCACAUUCUGCAUCCCAUUUCAAGAAGAGCUUGCCAGUUCUAUUCAAAAUGAACUGUCUUGCACAAGUCCAGCCACCAGCCUAUCUGAUGUGAUCAUUCAGUGUGUCACUCUAGAAGAGAAGACAGAUGGUAAGGCUGAUUCCGAUUCUUCGUCCUCUGAAGAGGAAAAUGAGUCUGAGAGUCCACCAACUGAAAAUCAGGCUCUUCGAGCUACAAGUAAUCGACCCCAUCUCAGUGAGGCUGAACGGGCCCGACGCCGCGAAGGCCACUUGUGCCUCUACUGUGGCCAUCCUGGUCAUUUUGCCAGAGACUGCCCUGUCAAGCCUCAUCGUGCCCAGCAGGCGGGAAACAUGGAGGCCCGGCGGUAAGGGGGAUCCCGGGC